UAUAAAUGGCAGAGUUCAGCAAAUGAGGAAAAGCCAGAGGAUUGCCAAGAAAAGUUGGAAGCAAACCACUUUUAAGAAUUAUUUCAAUGACUCAUCAUUUAAUUACAUAUCACUUUCAAGUAUUAACAGAAGAGACAUUUUUGGUCAGACACUAUUGCAUAGAGCUGUUAUAGAUGGUGACCUAGAUCGUAUACGUGCAGUGAUAAAAGCUGGCGCAGUUGUAAAUGCUAAAGACUAUGCAGGGUGGACUGCUCUACAUGAAGCCAGUUUAGCUGGUUUUUUCGAAGCAACAAAUGAACUUUUAAAAGCAGGUGCUGAUGUUAACUGUAAAGGAUAUGAACAAGUAACACCAUUACAUGAUGCAGUUAAAGAGGGUCACUACAAGGUGGCAGAGUUGCUGCUUUGGUAUGGGGCUGAUCCAUUAUUCAAGCAUGAGAAGGGGGGGUGUGCCUUAGAGGAAGCUACUGACAAACAGAUGAAGAAACUACUGGAAAGUUACAUACCUAAAUCUACCAGAAGUUCAGAAUCAGACUGCUUGCAACCUAAGGAAAAGGAAAUCGCUUCUUCCAGUCAGCAAUUGUAUACUAAAGCAGCUAGAAUAAACAAAAGAAAUGCUAAAGGAAAAACCUGUUUGCAUAUGGGAGCAAAAAAAGGAAAUCUGGAUUUAGUGAAGUCUUUAAUAGCAUCUGGAGCAUGUGUAAAUCAAAAAGAUAAUGCAGGUUGGAUGGCAAUUCAUGAAGCUUCCAAUGGGGGAUUUGUUGAGAUCAUCUCAGAACUCCUUAAAGCAGGUGCUGAAGUGAACAGCAAGGGUCUGGAUGAUGUACUGCCAAUUCAUGAAGCUGUUUCAGGCAACCACUUUGAGGCAGUACAGUUUUUACUUAAUCAUGGAGCAAACCCAAAUGAGACAGAUAACUGUGGGAAAAAUGCUAUGGAUGAAGCCACCUGUGAUAAAAUGAAAGAACUUCUUAAGUCUUACGGAGCUACUGAAACCAAAAAGUCCUAUAGAAUGAAUGAUGUUGCAGGUGGAAGAGAGUUACGGCCUUCUAAUUCUAGAAGAACCCGUCAUGGUUAUAAUUGCUAUGGAAAGGAUAACCUGUCUGCAUGCUUCAGUGCAGUUAGACAAGAAAGUAGGACACAUGAAUCUAUCAGUGAAAUAUUGCAGGAUAUAGAAGAGAAGCAGAAUAAACUUUUACACUUUGAAUUAAGAAGCCAAAGGCAUGCAGAUCAGUAUAUUCAAGACCUGUCUCAGAUACAAAGUGUUCUGAAUGAGGUGCUUGCCAAACAGAAGUCAGAAAGGGAUGUCCUCGCUAAAAAAUACAGAGCUUCUGUGGAAUCUUUUAAACAGGGAGCACUGAGAGAACAGCUAGUUAAGCUUGUUUCCAGACAAAAGAGCCUUCUGCUUUUGGCACAAAAACAGAAAGAACUAGGCCAGAAGAUACAAAAUUAUAAGAAGGCAAAGAAAGAGACUCUAAGUUCAGCAGAACAGAUUCCAAGCACAUCCUCCAAUUCAUGUGAAAGAAACAACACAAAAAAUGAUACAUCUGAUAAAACACUACAGUCCCCUGACAGGGCUAUGGACAUAAAAUCCAGCUUGGUCAUAGAAAGUGGCUUUUUAGAUCAAGAGCACAACCAGUAUACAAAUGAGUCUCUGAAUGGAGGAAAUGAAAGAACAGUUAGGCAAAGCAUUGUUGUUGCUCAUCAUGUGGUCUCCAAAAAGGGAGAACAUACCACUGAUAAAAUAUUAGACUCCAAGCUCGCCAGUGCUGUGGACCAGACAACGUUGCCUUCUGAACCAGCUAUUUGCCCUGUCCAGAUAAAACAAUCACAGCUAGAGGAAACUGCUUGUGAAUCUGUGGCCACCCAAAGAAACACACCUCCAGCUGUAAUACCAUUGACCUGUGCACUGAAUAUUUCUCAAGCUACAGACGUUGCUGUCAAUGAUGUCAGUCAGCCAGCUGCAUUGGUUUACCUUAAUGAGACCUUACAGCAACAUUCAGAUAUAAAUGAGGCUUACCAAACACAAACAAUAAUAGGCUUAGAAUCCAUACACAGCAGUCUUGCCACUCAGAGAAAUUUUUCUCCAAACAAUAGAGCUUCACUUAAUGCUAACUUAGAACAUACAGGGAUAGUUUGUGAUGCACCAUCAUCAAGCACAGUCGGUCAGGAUUCUUCUAAUUGGUCCACCAAACAGGAUUCUGAGAAUCAAUUAAUCUGCAAACAAAACAGAAGGGAAAAAAAUCAACUACUAGAUUUGAUUGAACAAGGAAAGAUUAAGCCGGGAGAUGAUGUUCUAGAAUUCAGACUCCAGGAUUCCAAACAUAAAGCUAGCCUUUUGGAAAAUGGCAGAGUCAAAACUUGCAACAACACAGUUUACCAGAGUCCAGUUCAAUGGAUUAAAGCACUUUUGGGAAAUGAUAUUUCUGUAAACUGGAAAUAUGUGUGGAAUAAGGUCACAUAUUGUGGAACUCUGUUAUCAAAAAUUGUUGCUGAAGUUCAUAUUCCUAAGGAGCCAUUGCAACAAAAAAGGCCUUUUGAAUCUCCCUAUCGGCCCAUUUCAUCAAAACAACUCACAUUUCUUCAGUGUAAUGAAAUUGUGUUAAUAGAAGAUGAAGAACUUCUACCACAACACAUAAUGGAACAGUACUGGAACUUAUACAUCCAUGGGAAAAAAAAGAAAAGAAAGGAGCAGCACGAGAGACGAAGCCGAGCGCCCGCCAAGUUCUCCAGCAUGCCUGGGCGUGAACAUCACAACACGCCCCCGUCCUUCCCCGGGCGGGCAAGCAAGCCGGCCCCCUCGGCUUGGGAGGAAGCACUCGGAGCGCUCGGGGCGGGCGGGCGGGAAGCGCUCCCGGUGGGGCCGUUUCGGUUCCUGCUUGUGAGAAGCGCCCCCCCUCCUCCCCCUCUUGGAGCAGACACCGGGCGCCCCUCCUUCCCCACCACGUCAUGGGGUCCUCUCCUCCGCAGCAGCCAGCCUCUCCUCGCCCACAGACCUGCGAGGCGGAGCGCGGCGAGCCCAGCCAGGCGAGGGCGUAGCCAAGCCCUUCGCAAACAUCUGGACCCGCCUCCCUUUCCCCAGCCCUCGGGGGCCAACUCCACCGGCUCAGCGCCACUUUUCCGAAACUUUCGCCGCCGCUCGCCCCUGAGGCAGUCACCGACAGAGCGCCCCGCGGAGAACCGGGAAGAGACGGGCAGGCUGAGAAAUCCCUCCGCCUCGGUGCCAGUCCCUGCUGCUGCUGCUGCUGGUCGGGAAGGGGAGCCGCAGCCGGCCCCGGGAGCCACUGGGCUGUAG